AUGGGGGACUGGCAGGACAUUUUUGCAGCGAAGAUUGCAGCUAUGGACUUGACAGAGCCGUGGAGGCUUCAGGAGGACGAUAGCCUGCAGGUGCACAUCCUCAAGCCUGGCUGGAAGGAGUAUGUGCAGCGCCGUGCGCUUGGGAGGUUUCGGUGCUCCCAGUGCUUUCAUGAAUGGUCCUCAGCCAAAGCACACAUCGUGUUCCACAUGCACCGGCACAAGGGCCAAGGCAUGGUGUGGAUGCGAGCCUUUCGCCAGGCAUGCAGGCGAUGCUCUGACCCCCAGCUGGAGGAGCCCGAAUUCAGCCAGGAGACCAUGGAGAAGCUUCUGCACAACCUGGUGCUAAAGAUCCUCAAGUACUUCUACCGCCUGCCCAUUCAGCACUCUGACCUCCUGGAAGUCGUGGUGGACACACAGGUGACAGGGCCACACGACAGCGCUCGCUGUGAGGGCUGCCAGCUCGGUGUUUGCAGCCAGUCGAGGCCGGCCCUGGCGUGGGAUGCCUGGGAGCCCUCGAUGCAUGCAGACAAGGCCAGGACCCAUCGCACCCUGAAGAGACAGGUUCCAUGA